AUGUCGAUGACGCUUAGUUAUUUACUUUCUCCGUUCACUGGUUGCUUUGGGUUGGGAGCUGAAUCUGAACUAAAAAUAAUGAUGGAAAGUUCUUUUAUCAACUAGAAAAGUUGCAGGAUCUGCCAGAAGACGGAUUUUUCAGAUCACGGUCUCGGCGUGUACAUGGCGAGUCCAACUGAGGUAAAAAUCUUGUAGAAAGUUUUAAAAAAACAUGCAAAUUGUCGAGGUUUUGAGUUUUUUUCAAACAUUAGAAAGCUCUUAUUAGUUAGAUUAAAAAAGCGGUAUUUUUGUGGAAAAAAUUGCCGCAUGCACAAUUUCAUAAGAGAUUAAUUUAUCUUUCUUUUUUUUUCUUUUUUUUUGCAUGGUAGAAAUUUUUAGAUCGAAACUCAAAAGCUGAAGUUUCUGUCAUUCUUUACAUAUAAAUCUUCAUACAUUAUCAAGAUUUUUAGCCAUCUCCCAGUAUGUGAUAGUGCGGAUUUUUUUUUUCAAAUAAGUUUGUAGUAUUUUUUGAAAAUUUAACUCAAGUUUGAAUUUCUCUAAUUUAUUGAGCGUCCAAGUUUACUUUUUUUCUCAAAUUAAUACUGAAUCGGUCUGGCUCAAUCCCAAGGAAAGUUCUAUCCACUUGAAAAUGAAUGAACUCAAUCGGAUAAUGGAACUUUUUCAACUUUGAACUGACUACAACUCAAUUUGGAGUAGUCGUGUAGAGUUUUUGAGCUAAAAACAUAUAAAAACGACCAGGCUGUUUUUAAAUUAUGAACGUUCCAGGUUGAGAAGUUCACAAUUUGCUCCGAACUGGCUGAUCAGACGGCAGACUCGUUGGGCGAAUUAUUCGUCCCAUGCGAAAUGCCUGAACCGCCAAAAAAUCAUUCUUUCCUCAAGGUUUUUUUUUCCCGCAUUUUGUUUGGGAAAUGAUUCGAUUUUGUUUUUUCAGGGCCUCCAAGGCGUUUCGUCCAUUUUCAGCGGGACGCCGCGUCAGGAUUCAUGUGACAUCGACACGAUUUGUGAGCUUUAGAACCAUAUAAACAAAUAACUAUGAAAACUCCGAUAUUCCAUUGAAAAUCACUAAAAAUGUAGUCCACUAUCCAGAUUACUAAGGGAUGAAAUUAGAUAAAUUAGGUAGAAGAUAGACGAAAAAAAAAUUGAAAAAUAAGCGUUGUUACAGUGAACUUGAACGUGUACCUCUUUCUAUCAAAAAAUUGAGAUAUUUUCGAGAUUUGAAAAGUUUUUAUCUAUCUGCUGCAUCGUAAAUUUAUUUUUGUUGAAGAAUUCUUCUCAAAAAGAGAGUUUUGGGCAGAGGUGGAGGAUGGCUGCCCACUGGCCGCCCUGCCUGCCAAGCCAUAAACGCCCAAAAGGCAGAAAUGACUUUUUCAAUAGUAAGUCAAUGACUCAUUUCUAUCGCUUGGCCCAAUGGCUUGGCUUGGCCGCCAAGCCAAGGGCUGCCUUCCUAAUCCUCCACCUCUGGUUUUGGGAACCAUUCUCACAGCGAAAUCACGUGAAUUUUCUCCUCUUUAUUUGUUUUUCGGCAACAGUUUUUGAACGUGAAAUAUAAACAUUUGUAGGGUGAUUCCCAUUCUCGUCCAUUUUUUGUCAUUCUCAGCACGUUUCGAAGUUUCUCGAAGCUAUUCAUUCAAUUUUUUACAAAAUAUUAAGAAAAAAAGAAAUUGUGAGACGUUCUGAAAGACAUUUUUCCAAUAGUUUUUUUCAGGUCCUUUUUGAUCUUGUCCGUGUUCGUAUGUUUAUAUCAAUGGGAAAAUUUGUUUCAGUGGCGGACAGCAAAGAGAAGAAUUCCAUCGGAUCGACGGGUAUGAGAAGCGUUGCUAGGACAAUUCCCGGUACUUUUUUUUCGAACUUUCACUGGUUUUUUAAUUUAGUACAUAGUGUUUAGUUUCGGAAAAUUUACACAAUAGUUUAUUUUUCAGGGCCCUCGAUGUCGAUGGACCGAGCACAUGCUGGGGGUGUUUCAGCGGGACAAGCGGCCGCCAUGGCUCUUCAGGUGGGAAGAAAAAACAAAAUCUACCUUCACCGAGAUAUCACAAAUGCAUGUAGCCGAUUUACGACAAGUUUUGGGCGUGGUCUCUCUACGCUCUCCACCAACCACGCACUAUCUCUUUUUUAUCAUGUCAGGACUCUUUUUUCGAUGGCUCAAGCCCUGAAUGAGCUAUCUCAACGCGACUUUACUCACAUCAAUUUUUUUUUUACUUUUUAUCGCUUCGAAAAAAGUUUCCUAGAGCUGAACGAGCGAAGGAACAAAAAAUAACACUCUAAUGACAAAAAAAAUUUCAAUUUUAGUUAAGGUUUUCAAAAGUUGUCACCGAUGAUAAAGGAGAAAAAGAGAAGUAUAUUUUUAGAAUUCAGUUUUUAAGCCUAAAAAAAGGUGAAAAGCCCAACUUUGUGACCAGACCCCGUAGUCAGCUCAUAUAUUUAGAAAACUUAAUAGAACAACUUCUCAAAAAAAUAUUUCUCAAAAAAAUUGAAAUUUUAUCGAAACCAGUUUAAAAAUAAGGUUCAAAAAUUGUAGGAAGCUCUCCGGGAAUUCGAAAGUUCAGUUCUCAAAAACUUUCUCUUUCUUAUGGUGAAUAAGAAAUAAACGCUUCAGAACUUGAACGAAAGAACGGAGAAGCUGAAUGCGACGGUCGACGCGACAGAAAAUCUGAAGAACAACGCGAUGAAUUUGUCUUCGAGAACCGGCAAACUGGUGGAAAAGUACGAGAAAAAGAAGUGGUACAACUUCUGA